AUGAGACAGGCUACGUUGCCAUGGGCGCCUCCCACCCCCGCUCUUCCACCGCCAUUACAUCUGCAUGCGACCCACGAUGCGACCGUGCAGCAACCGCCUGCGUGUGCGGUACCAAACGAAGAGCAGAUCGAUCCGGCGCUGCUGGACGCCGAUGCGCACGCGGUGAUUGAUGUGUCCACUCCAACACCACCGCCUACACAGCCUGAGGUAGCACCUCCGCCGCAAGCGCAGGAUAUGGCUCCCUCCGACGAUACGCCAGCUGAACCGCGACCUCUGCAUCCGUUCUUCGCCGCGCCUUCCCCGGCAGAUUACGAGGAGGAGGGGGAGAGAAGACGCGCAAGAUCGAGCAGAGUAAAGGCACCCGUGUCGUACCGCGAAGACCUGAAGGCGGUGCUGCGUGCCGAUGCGGCGCACGAAGCCGCGCGUGUCAAGGAGGAGAAGCGACAGGCUGCGCAACAGGCCCAGGCGGAAAGGCGAAGCAAGGCGGCCAAGUCCAGACCAAAGGAGUUUGAGAUUGUAGAAACUCGCGUAGCCCCUACUCCCGCGGCCAAGAGUGCAGAGCCAAAACCGCUCAGCCUCGCAGUCAAGGGGACCAGCUCGGCAGCUACCUCAGCGCAUCCAUUCUUCGCGAAAAAGUCCAAGCCCGCACCGAGCACGCCGUCGAACGAUACAGCCCAGGAUAGCGGCGAGGCAAGUAGUGGGUCGAAGGCGGCGAGCGGGGCACCGGCAGCGUGGAGCUUGUUUUCGGCCCCACGACAGCCGGCGACGCGGCCAUCGAAGCCAGUGCAUGCGCUCUGGCCCUCGCAAUACGAUACGCACGUCGUCGGAUUGCGCGAGGACGAACGGCAGGCCAUCGACAGGGCGCGUGCGGGGCUCGAAGCGUUUCGCGAGCAACACGGCUCUCGCACACCGAGGCUCCGACAGGUGGCGUCGACAUCGCACGCUGCGCCUGACUUUAUUCGAAGCCUCAACGACCACCGUCCGCGGCCUGGCUUGGCGGGUAUGUCGCUGCUGGGCGAUCUAGAGUUCGACAAUGUGGACGACUACACGGCGCAGCACGUCGACAUCUCGCGGCUCACACUCGCCACUCGCGCGGUGGAGCCGGCGGAGGGCCAGCUGUGGUGCGAUGCAUGGCGGCCGCGCGCGGCAGCCGAGUGUGUGGGCAACCAGCCAAACGCGGCGUUGCUGCUCGAGUGGCUGCGUCGCCUGCUCGUCGCCGCCCCCGGCGCAGUCACCGCAACAGCGAAGAGGAAGCAGGUGCAGAGACGCGUAGACCGGUCGAAGCGACGCCGUGCCCGCAGUGCGAGCGACGACGAGUGGGAUGAUUUCAUCGUCGACGACGACGAGCAAGAUCCCGAACCGCCACCCGAGCUAGACGACGAACAGUGGUUCGGCAAAUUCGGCACCAUUCAAACGGCGGAAACGGAAACGGAAACGAGCGCGGGGCAGGGUUCGAUAGAGGCGCCCGGGUGGGAAUCGCUGGAGCGGCUGACGAACUGCAUGGUGGUGGCGGGGCCGAGUGGGGCGGGCAAGACGGCGUGCGUAUACGCGUGUGCGGCGGAGCUCGGAUACGAGGUGUUUGAGCUGUACCCGGGCAUGGGCAAGCGGGGCAGGCGCGAGAUCCUCACGUGCGUCGGCGACCUAGCUCGCAACCACAUGGUCUCCUCCGGCGGCAUCGGCGGCGGCGCCAGCUUCAAACCUGCCGCCUCAUCAAGCGUGCGGCAGUCGCUGAUCCUGAUCGAAGAGGCCGACGUGCUGUUCGACGAGGACAAGGGAUUCUGGAGCGCAGUGGUGGAGCUGGUGGGCCAAAGCAAGCGACCCGUCGUGGUGGUGUGCAACGAGCCCGAUCUCGUGCCCCUGCAUGAUCUGCCGGUGCAACAGGUGCUAGAGUUCCAAAAACCCACCGCAGAGGUGGCGGUGCCGUGGUUGCAGACGGUCGCUGCGCGCGCAGGGAGGUGGAUCAGCGCAGAUGCGGUGCAGAGAUGGUUGGGGAGGGAAGAGGUGGAUGUGCGACAGGCGCUGAUGCAGCUUCAGUUCGGACUCGGCGUGCCACCAAAGCAAAUGGCGGCAGAUACGGUCAAGGGGAUGGUGGAAGAGGGUGCGGAUGUUAGGGCAGUGGCCGAGGCGGCGGAAAGCAGCAGUUGGGCCGAUGUGGUCGAGGGCAGUGCUGGAAUAGAGGAGUGGGGAGAUGUGGGUGUGGAACUCCAUCCGACCAGACAGUGGGGUAGCUGGACCCAGCUCGUACCGCAGCCGCUCGACACGCUGCGUAUGCGCCACAGCGGUACAGACGACUACCGCGCCGCGCUAGACCAGAUCCACUGUGCCGACAAUAGUGCGACAUUGCCAAACCCGGUGGAGGAGCGGGAGGUGGACUCGACGGUGGAUCGGCUGUGGACCAUGGUUCGGCCGGUACUGUCGCGCUCGGCAAUGCAAACCGAUACGGCGAUCGUACUGGACUAUGCGCCCAUGGUGCGGCUCAUGGCGGUCGUCGACGACGACCUGGCGGCAAUCCAUCGCGACCUGAACGCUGCAUCUGCGCCGCUCGAAUGCGCGCCCGCACGGGGCAGAAGCACACGCAACUCGGCACGACUCACAUCCUGGCUCACCACCGACGACUACGAACGCUGGCUGCUGCUCGGCCCGCAAGAGGUGCAAAUCGCAAAGCACACCGCACUCUCAUUCGAGCCAGUACAGUGA